GAGGAGGAAAAGUACAGUGACCUGGCCCCGGGCCAGUACGUGGCCAAGGAAUGCGAGGGGGACGACGUGGAUCAUGAGCGGAUCCUCCUGUAUCCGUUGGGCGGUAGGGUGUGGUGGAUUCGCACUCUUGAUGGCGAUGAGUACUUCCAGGACGUGGCUUGCCAGGACGCUAGCGACGGCCCCGUGCGAUGCCGUCUGCUGCCGGCCGAUGGCUCGCUGCCACCUGGCGGUCGCGGGCGACGUCGGCGGCAGCUCUGCUGCUUCGCCGAGCGGGUCGGUGCCUCGGAGCUGCGUGAGGGCAUCCAGCGAGGGCGUCGCGCCUGUGAGGCGGAGUGCCGGCCUGGCCAGCGGCCGAUCGUGCCCGAGCGGGUGCAGGAACCUGGCGGUGAGCUGAUGCCGAUCGCGCGCUUCGGAGGAGGUAGCUUCCCGCCUGUGCCUGGCGUGCGGCUACGGGGCAAGAAGCCGUUGACGGCCGCGCUGGUGGGCCUGCCCAGGCCUUCGGAGGCGGUCGGAGGCACUGCCACCCCCGUGCCCGAGGAGGAGGAUGAGCCUGCUGCUGCACCACUGCCUUUGUUGUCUGGACACGCGUGGGUGCUGGUGGAGCCGACGGCCUCCUCGGCCAUCGGCAGUGAAGUGGACAUCCGCAAGGCUCCGUUCGUUGCGGCGUCGGAGUCGGCGGGUCUCGUCCUCCUGGAAAGAAACCACGCCCGAGUGAUUCGUCUGCAGGUCGGGGACGUGCCCGCGUACGCCGACUCGCGGGCCACCGAGCUCCGCCGGCGACUUGGCACGGGCCACGAGGACGCGGAGGUCGAUCUGCGUGAGCGGAUUGGCCGACCGCCCCUGCCUCCGCCCGGGGGGCCGCCUCCGGCCGAGGAGGCGCGCUCGCCGAUCAGGAGCGAGGACGUCAGGCUGCUGGCCGUGGACUUCGACGGCCAGGGCGAGCACUUCAAGCCCUGGCGCGGGGCAGUCCACGAGAGCACCCAGGAAGAUUUCAGCGACCAGCCGGCUUUGUACAUGGCGGGCUGCUAUGACCAGGUGAACCUGGGCGGGCUGAUGGCACUGGAGGAACUCUGCAAGCGGCUCGCAGGCAUCGUGGCCGCGCGCGCCAACCCGCAGCGGGUGCAGGGGGAGGUGGCGAAGUGCAGCACCGGCGCGCAGUCGGCCGAGGACGUGGCGGGCCCGGUGCUGCUGGCUGGGGCGCGAGAUGCACGAGGUCGCCUAGACAUGGUGAGCGACGCGCUGGAGGCACUGAACUGGAUGGCGGGCGGCGAGGCAGACGUCCAGCGGGGGGUGCGCGAGUUGGCAGACAGCUGGCGCCCGCGCCCUUCGCAGCUCAGCGACGAGGCGGCUCUCAAGACGCUGCUUCAAGGACACCCCCCGCAUCGGGCGGCGGGCUGUCCGACAAGGGUCGCGCCCUUCAAGCUCGACCUUGUCAGCCUCCCUGGCUCGGUGCGAGGGUGUCCGCUGAUCACUGACGUGGCGCCUUCUGAGGUCAUCGGAUUUCUGGGGGGCUAUCAUGGGCGCAUGCUAGCGCCGCCAGUCGAUAAGUAUGAGACAGUUCCCUACUCUGACCCCAAGUUGAGGUUCAAUCAGAAGGAGUAUCAUCGGCUUCUCCGUCGUCUGGUGGACAUCGGCAUCACAUCGUGGACGCCCACUCCGAAGUGCCAGGUGGGUCUCUUCACAGUGGAGAAGGGCGGCGGCGCAGCUCAGAGGCUCAUCGUCGACGCCAGGCGGGCCAACGAGUGCUUCCUGGCUCCGCCAGGCGUCUCGCUCAUGAGCUCGGUUGGUCUUUCUCGCAUAGAGACAGAGCGCCCGCGGGCGCGCCGCUGGGUUCCGAGCGCGCCGCCGAGCUGCUGGGCGACUUCUACCUGUCGAUCGGGCUCUCGGACGUCUAGAACUGCUUCCACUGGCUACGCGCGCCGGCGUGGCUGUCUGACUAUUUCUGCCCCCCCGGCGCCGGCCCGCGCGAUGGGAGCGACGGGCGUGGAGGUGAAUUGGCGCCCGCUCGGCCGCGCGGAGGCAGUGGCGCCGCGCUGGGCCCCCCUGCCCAUGGGCUUCGCGUGGGGCCUGUGGAUCGCCCAGAGGAUCAACGAGGUCACUGUGAUCAAGGCGUCGCCGUCUUUGCCUGGAGCCCCCCUACAUGAUCGCGGGCCGCCGUUGGUGGUGGGGCCGGCUCGGGCCGAGGAGAAGACCAGGCUCGGGCACUACGCAUGCGCGGGCAAUCUCGGGGUGGUCGGGGUCUGCGAGCAGGCGGUCGGCGAGGCGCUCGAGCAGUUAGAGGAGGGCUUCGACCGCGAGGGCCUGCUGCUGCACAAGUCCGAGCUCUCACGCGCUGACAUCGUCGCGCUGGGCGCGGAGCUGGACGGGGCCGCCCUGCGGGCGCGGGUCACGCCCGAGCGCUUCUGGAGCAUCCAUGGGGCGCUGGGGGCGCUGCUGCGGCGCCGGCGGGCUGGUGCCCGGUCGCUGGAGGUCGCCUUCGGCCACUGCGCGUUCGCCGCCCUGUGCUGCCGCGGGCUGCUCAGCAUCUUCCACUCGGUCUACGCGUUCGUAGAGCGAGGGCGCGCCUCGGGCCGGGUGGGGCCGCUGCGGGGCGAGUGCUGCGCGGAGCUGCGCGUCUUCAGGUCGCCCAUGGUCUUCGUGAUGAGCGACUGGCUGCGCGGGGGUGCCCUCGGGUUUGCGGGCUUCAAUCGGCAGGCGGGCGGCAGCUGGUCAGUUGCGGCCGCCGCGGAGGGCGACGAGGAUGAACCUUUCUCGGAUGUGGCGCCAGACUGGGAGGUCGACCGAUCCUUCCCUGAGGACUUCCAGCUAGCCCUGCGCGAAAGGCCGGCUUGCAGCCGCCAGGAGUUGUGCCUUCCCGAGAGCGAGGAGCUGCUGAGGCGCGAGCCCGAGCUGGCCGACGUCGGCGAGAGCAGCCGCGCCGACGACGAGGAGAGGAGGCGCAAGUUUCUGGACGUUGCCCUCGCAGCCGCCGCGAUCGGAGCCAGCAGCUUCCUCGAGGAGAGCUCGGUGACGCCGAAGGUGCUGGGGCGAUGCCAGGCCGAGGUGGCCGGCUUCGCGGACUUCGCCGAGGGCCGCCCGCUGGCGCGCGACGAGCAGGUCGACGGUGCGCCGGGGGACUGCUCCAACUUCCUGCUCUUCAAGGGCUGGGGCGCAAACAAGGGCCAGCAUACUCUGAUUGGUUUGAUGUGUCUGGCUCCAGAGUUCUCGCGGGCUG